AUGAAACUCACUUCCUUCCUCCCCUCACCCAAUUCCUGCUGCUUACCCUUUGCUUGGCACCAUGUAUUUUUGGGAAUUUGUGCCAUGAUUCGCAAGGGCCACAGCAGUAGUCCGAGGUCAAGCCCUGUUCAACAACAGCAAAAACCUGGCGGCAGUAGCUUGGGCAUUAGUCCCUCUACCUCAGGUUCAGCAUCGCCCCAACCAGGUGGAAUGUCUGUUGCCAUAGCAGCAGCAGCGGCGGCGGCAGAAGUGGCUGUUGUAGCAGCUGAAAGUGCCAUCAAGCCGGCCUUUAACAUUGGCUCGGCCUCACCAAAGGAUGAGACAAUCAGGCUAUCACCAAAAGCAAUUCGAAAGGACCGUGGCCGUCAGUUGAGAAACAAGAGAGAAAGGGCUGCAUCUCCAUCUCCUCGUGACACAACGCCAAUUGGACGGAGUCGGUCAGGUUCAGCUACCACUCUUUUAGAAAGACCUCGUGAGGCAGUAAAGGAAGCAUUAUCUCCAUCGGUGGCCGAGUGUCUCAGGGCUGUCUAUGCUGCUUUUCUUUGGCACGAAGGAAUUGUCCACGAUGCUAUGGCCUGUGCCUCCUUUCUCAAAUUCCAUCCAAACCUCUCGAAGGAAAUGUCGCAAGUUGAUGAUAAGAAGGUUGAAAAAAUGCGGGUCCGCCAUCCAACCGAUUCUGCAAAGGAUAGUAAAAAGGAUGGAUCGACGAAGCUGAAAGGCGAUAACCUGAAUGAAACCCGGGUACGGUUCUUCCUGGAGCACCAAGAUAGCAGGGAUUCAGAAUCGGAUACAAGCAAAGCUGAAGUAUCCCCGCCGCCAAAACUGGAGAUUGCUAAGACUGAUGUAUCAAAGCUCGAUCAGUCAAAACUGAAGCCAAUCCUUGGUCGGCACAAAUCUGAGGGUAGUGUCAAUUAUCAAGAGGAUCCAUUGAUUAUACACUUGGAGAGCACACCAUGCGAGAAGGAAGAGCCUAAGUUGCCAGCCACCCUUUACCAUUUGGUUGGCUUUUGGGAAGAACUCGCAGUAUCAGUGCUCAAUGUCAUAUCAAAAGAUAUCAUUUUUCCAAGCCCUGCACUGAGCCUGAAAUCAAAAAAAACUGAGAAGAAGGAGAAAGAAAAGAGCAAGGAGAAACGACCUAAAAAGAAGAGGGAUCUGAAACCCAUCGGACGAGGCAACUUGUUUGGGGAAGCUGCCGGGGUUCUAUUUGCAGGUGCUGCAGGUGCUGAACGAGAGACCAUGUGUGAGCUGUGUGGGGCCAUGUAUCCGCACCCAGUCACGUACCACAUGCGUCGGACGCACCCUGGAUGCGGGCGUCAUGCUGGGGGGAAGGGCUACAAUAGUGGGGGUAACUUCUGUGGUGGCUGGGCAGGUAACUGUGGUGAGGGGGGCGUUGGGGGUAGCAGCUGGUAUCUCAUCUGCGAUCGUUGCAGAGACAAGUACUUACGUGAGCGCAGGCAGGCCCAGAAGGAGAAAGAGAAAUCAAAAAAGUACAAGAAGAAAGUUCUGUCAUCUAAACAUCAGUCUCACUUGCUUCCUAUGGAAUCGCAUAUAAUUCUGAAGAACAAUGCAAUGUUUCUCUUGGACUUGGCCAGUGCUGCUGGCCUUAAUAUCCCUUCGCAUAGCCGCAAGCGGACACCGAGUGGUGUCAACCGUCUUGACAUGUUUCUGCCCAGCGUAAGUGAGGAUAUCAGUACGGACCUGAAUCCGUUCCCUACGGCGCCAUUCCAGUACUUGAUACAGCAGGGGGCACAGGCGUCAGACUCUGCAUUUGCUGAGGACAUAUUUAUUGAUACUGAGGAACGAGUCUUUGUGCGAUCUGGUUCACUCAGCUUGGCCCAGAAGCAACAACGUUACCGACCUCGCCUUCCCACAGAACCUCGACACAGUCCUCUCGCAAGAUCCGGUUCACUGGGGCAAGAGCUCAGACCUCCUUCUCAUAUAUCACCUCCAAGCCCACAGGAUCCAUUAAGACAUGCUCAUGACACAAAGCCUUUGCCGAAAAGUGCAGGGACCAGCCCAGAAGCUGAACAGGAUCAGAAGACCUCAAUAUUCCAGAGAAGCAUAUCAGAGAUUGAUGGAUGUAUGUUAGAUCAAGGUGACACACAUUUCAAUCGGGUAGUGAUGAGACGCCGGAAUAACAGUGGUGGUGUCUCAGAUGGAGGAAUGUCAUUAUUAAAAAAGCCAUCGGCAGCCAUGAGCCGUUUAAUUAGUUUGGUUGAUAAAUCCAGUGCUGAAGGUGACAAUGCACUUUGUGAAAAGACCUUAAGCCGACCUGUAAUGGCCUUUGUUAUUCAACGCCAUGAUCUUGACAACCUACAAAUAGCAAUGCGCCAUGCUUUGAGGAAAGCUGUAUGUAGGGUAUUUGCUAUGCAGGGUCUAAAUUGGCUGGUGAGGACGGUGACCCAGCCAACGUGUAUUCAUGACUUGCUAUGGUUUUUUGUGUCCUCGUUGUCUCCAACAUUUGAAGAAGAGGAGGAGGAAGAGGAAAAUGAACAACAAGUGAAAGAAAAGAAAGAGAAAAGAGAUCAAGAGGAUGUCCCUUUGUGCGACCAUCCUCUUGCAGAUGUGGCUAUUGCUGGUGCUGCAGUUCACCCACUACCUAUAACAUUCCAUACCUUCUUACAGACAGUUGCUGAUGUCAUGAUGCACUUGCCUGUUGGUACAAGUCUACAGCAAAUGGCAGUGCGAUGUUACUGCCUGCGUUUCACGCAGGCUGACCACCAGUUUUUGCAUGAAAGCCACGUCUUCAGCAACAUCAGUCGGAUUCUGGUGAAAUCAGAUGAUGAAGAGACAGAAGAUGCAAACGCAGAAAAUUCACAGUCAACCAGCCAACUCAGUCUAUGGAAAGACUUAACCUAUUCCGCUGAUAUUAAGGCCUCCAGUCGACAAACUAUGAUUGCCAGUCUGACAGACAGUUCCACAGAGACAUUCUGGGAGAGCGGUGAUGAAGAUCGCAACAAGACAAAAAUUAUCAAUGUCAUUUGUAGUAUGCAAUGUAACCCACGGCUGAUUGCAGUACAUAUCGACAACACACGAGAUUUAGGGAAUAAAGUUUCUCACUUACAGUUUUUUUCUGGUCCCGCUCCUGAGGAACUAAUAAAACUUCGUCAGGUUGAAAUAGAAGCACGUCAUGUUGGCUGGGUGAACUGCUAUCUCCCAGAAUCGAAUUGUCGUCAUAUGAAGCUCGAACUGAAAGGUCCUGAUAACAGCUUGCGUUUACGACAAGUAAAGGUACUUGGGGAGAUCGAAGGCAAAGAAUGUCAGAUCCGAAACACUAAAAACACACUCAAGAUGCAACAAGAUAACUGUGAAGCUGAGACACUCAAGGUAUUCCGAUUAUUAACUUCUCAGGUAUUUGGUCGACUUAUUACUGAUGAUUCUGCUGAAGACAAAUUGGAAGAGAAGAAAGUUGAUGAUGUGGAUGGUGAAUCUGGAACAGCUAGAGAUAAUGAUUUGAAAGAACAUAUGUUGGGUAUUCUGUUCAGUCGAGGCAGCAAGUUGUCACAUUUGCAAAAGCAGGUCUGCUCCCACAUUGUUCAGGCCAUCAAAAAAGAAACAAGGCGUGUCAGGGAUGAAUGGGAAGCUAGCCUUCUCAAUAAAACUCCAAACACAUCAGAUGAAACAAGAUCUUCUGAUGUCUACUGCUUUGAAUUAUUGUCCAUGGUUCUUGCUUUGAGUGGAUCUUCUGUUGGUCGUAAUUAUCUGGCCCAACAGACAGGACUUCUGCAGGAUUUGUUUAGUCUUCUGCACACAGCAUCCCCAAGGGUGCAGAGACAAGUGACUUCAGUGAUUAGACGUGUCCUUCCUGAUGUUCAGCCACAAGCCUUAGCUGAUUUGCUUCUUGUGCCAAGUUUGCCGCCAACCGACUUCAGCAUCCUACACUCAACGAAUCGUGAGCCUGUAGAGGAAGAAUUUGAUGCUGAGAAGCCAUGCGUCCUUGAUGUGUUCCUGGCUUGCAUCAGUAAAGCCCUUACAGUGCAGACGAAGAUCAAGAGUAAUCAAUCACAAAAAGGCAUCACAACUGUCACUUUGUCUGACUGUUUGGCAGAGCUGAACUCAAGCAGGGCGACAGGUCCACGGUGGUGGCUGCGUGGACGAAUGACAAUGUGUCAAGCGGGUAACAUCAUUGCAUUACUGCAAGAUAUGGCAAAGGGUCAUUUGUCUGAGGCGUGGGCUGCUGUCAGCAAAGCAGCAAUAGCAGAAGCAUUGUUAGCAUUGACAAAACUUGAAGAAUCUUUACGUCUACCUCAGGCCUGCAUGAAAACUCCCACACUUUGGUUGGCAUUAGCAUCUUUAUGUGUCCUUGACCAAGAACAUGUGGAGCGUCUUUCCUCAGGGGAAUGGCGUAGCAGUCCUGACAAUCAGCGAGGUCCGCCUCGGCCUACCUGUGAUAAUCAUGAUGAUGGAGAGACACCUGCUAUCAUUCUCUGUAACAUGUGUGGUAACUUAUGUGCAGAUUGUAAUCGCUUCCUUCACCUGCAUCGACGGACUCGAGCUCAUCAGAGACAGGUCUUCAAAGAGGAAGAAGAAGCCAUCAAAGUUGAUCUGCAUGAAGGCUGUGGCCGAAUGAAACUUUUCUGGCUUAUGUUAUUGGCCGAUUCUAAAUCCUUAAAAGCAAUGGUGGAGUUCCGUGAAGGAAAAGUGGGUGCUCCUCCUGCAGGCUCCGGUACUUGCCGAUUCUGCGGAACAUCCAGUAAUACCGGUUUGUUGGCAAUUGGUAAUGUCUGUUCCGAUGCUGAAUGCCAGGAACAUGGACGUAAUGCUUGCACCAAAAUCCUGCCCUGUGGUCACACGUGUGGUGGCAUAAAAAAUGAAGAGAGUUGUCUCCCCUGUCUCCAUAGGUGCCCUGCACCAAACCAGCAGAUGCUGAAACAAGAUGCAGAUGAUAUGUGCAUGAUUUGUUUCACUGAAGCCCUUUCUGCUGCUCCAGCUAUCCAGUUGAAAUGUGCCCAUGUAUUCCAUUUGCAUUGUACAAAGAAUGUUCUCUCUCGGAAAUGGAUUGGACCUCGGAUCACCUUUGGAUUCUCUCUUUGUCCAAUCUGUAAAGACACCAUCAACCAUCCAGUGUUACGAGAUCUGUUGAAUCCGAUCCGUGAAUUGUAUGAAGAUGUGCGCCGGAAAGCCUUGAUGAGGCUAGAAUAUGAAGGUUUGCACAAAGCUGAAGCAAUCACUACUGUGGGUGCUCGAUUUUACAAUGACCCAGCUGGGUUUGCAAUGGAACGCUAUGCGUACUAUGUGUGUUAUAAAUGCAAUAAGGCCUAUUAUGGAGGAGAAGCUCGCUGUGAUGAACAGGUUGGUGCUGUUGAUGAUUAUGAUCCAACGGAGUUGGUUUGUGGAGCAUGUUCUGAUGUCUCCAGGGCUCAGCUAUGUCCAAAACAUGGAACUGAUUUCUUGGAGUACAAAUGCCGUUAUUGUUGUUCAGUGGCAGUGUUCUUCUGCUUUGGAACCACACACUUCUGUAAUACAUGCCAUGAUGACUUUCAAAGAGUGACCAACAUUCCAAAGGCAGACUUACCUCGAUGUCCUGCUGGUCCUAAAGCACAGCCCAUGGAAGGUGAUGAGUGCCCCUUAAAUGUUCAGCAUCCACCCACAGGAGAAGAAUUUGCACUUGGAUGUGGUGUCUGCCGUAAUGCCCACACAUUUUGA